AUGCCCUUGAUCAACGAUCUACUGCAGGAGCUGGACAAAGCGCUAUGGUACUGUUCAUUGGAUGUGGCCAGCGGAUUCUGGGUUGUGGAAAUGACGGAGAGAGCACGAAUUAAUUCUGCUUUUAUGACGCCUUCAGGUCUGUAUGAAUGGCUACGAAUGCCGUUCAGGUUGAAAAAAGCGCCGCAGAUAUACCAGCGUAUGGUGGAUAAUGCAUUGUAUGGGUAUCUCACGAUCGGCGAACAGCGGAGAUCAAGUGGUCGCGAGGUGUCACAACCGGUUGACGUGUUCACUCUCGGCGAGCCGGACCCGCACCGAAAGCCUUGA